GUCGCUAAUUAUUAGGCUAAGUGGGAGUUGUUAAAACAAAGCGGUGGUGGAGGAUUUUGAAGGCAUUCAUUAGUGAAUUAUCCAGUUCAUUAUUUUAUGAGAUUUCAUGAUAAGGUUAUCAAUUUAUGUCGGCAAAUAAUCGAAUAACCAAUGUCAUUAAAAAUGCAGAUUUUAAGAGUAGUAAACGAAAAAACUCAAAAUGCCAGGUGUAUAUAUGGGAAGUCAGGGUAUUGUUGCUGAUUACACAAACAUAUUUCGCGAAACACUUUCUACGUUGUAAGUCACAGAAAACUGUCGUGGUCUUAUAGGCGAUGAAUUCCACCUACAGUACCCCUGCUGGAUGUAAGGCUCACCCGGUCACUGACCUGUUGUUGGCCAAAAGUCUACAACAGAUUUCCCCUUCGGGCCAAGCUUUUCUUAUUUUCCUUAUCGUCGCCAACAUUCUCACCUUUCCUCUCACUGCAGUUCGGAACGCACUGGUGAUGAUCUCUGUGAAGAUGAAAUCGCGUCUGAGAGACCACAAAUCAAAUGUUUUACUGGCGCUCUUAGCCUUAAAUGACUUCUCCGUAGGGAUUCUAGCUCAACCUUCCUUCACGAUAGUUUCAAUAAUAUUCUACCUUAACCCGCCCUCGGCAUAUUGUGCAUGGCGAUUUCUCAGACCAGUGAUGAUUUUUUUAGUUAGCGCUUCGCUGUUACACAUGGUUUUGCUAAGCGGAGAACGAUACCUCGCUAUGAAGCAUCCUUUCGCCUACAUAACCCUCGUCACCGAAGGUCGUUUACUGAUUGCCUCGGUUCUCAUAUGGCUCCUAUCCGUCUUUCAGCGAGUUCUUUCAGUCCUUGACAUAAUUCUC